AUGAUAGAAAACCAAGACGACCACCACGUAAAUGUUGAUUUUGACGAAAGAAAUGUCGUUGCAGAGACAAACGAAAAUUUUGAUCUCAAACGUGGAUUACAAGCAAGGCAUUUGACAAUGAUAGCAAUCGGAGGAACAAUUGGAACUGGUCUUUUCCUAGGUUCGGGUGCUUCAAUAGCACAAGCCGGACCAGGCGGUGCACUAAUCUCAUACCUUGUUAUUGGUGUAAUGGUUUUUUUUAUGAUGUCGUCACUUGGUGAGAUGGCUACAUAUUUACCGAUUUCUGGAUCGUUUAAUACCUAUGCAAAGCGCUUUGUUGACCCAGCUUUGGGAUUUGCGCUUGGUUGGAAUUAUUGGUAUUCUUGGGCAACUACUAUCGCACUUGAAAUUACGGCCGGUGCUAUCGUAAUGCAAUUUUGGUUUCCUGAUGUUCCGUCAUGGGUUUGGAGUUUGAUUUUACUCUUUAUCAUGUUGUCACUUAAUCUUUUUUCGGUUAAAGGAUAUGGAGAAGCAGAGUAUUGGUUUGCAAUGAUAAAAGUAAUAACAGUCAUACUCUUCAUAUUUGUCGGUAUCUUACUGGAUAUUGGUGCAAUCGGAAAACCAAAGGAAUACAUUGGCUCUAAAAAUUUUGAUCAUGGCACAUUUCACAAUGGAUUUAAGGGAUUAUUGUCGGUGUUUUUGGUGGCGGGGUUCUCGUUUCAGGGUACUGAACUUGUAGGGAUUGCUGCUGGUGAAUCAGCUCGUCCGGAAAAGAAUGUACCAAAAGCUAUCAAACAGGUGUUUUGGCGUAUUCUUUUGUUCUAUGUUUUAGCUAUUUUGGUGGUUGGGCUCUUGGUCGCAUACGAUAAUCCAAACUUGUUGGGUAAUAGCCAAGAUGUAUCCGUUAGUCCGUUUACAUUGGCAUUUAAAUUGACGGGAUUCGUCAGCGCAUCACAUUUUAUGAAUGCAGUGAUUUUGACAACAGUCUUAUCAGCCGGAAAUUCUGCAUUAUACGCAGCUUCUCGUGUGCUCUAUAAUUUGGCACUUGAGGGCCAAGCACCACAGAUUCUUACACGAGUCACUAAAAACGGAGUUCCACUUCUCUCGCUAUUAGUCACAGCGUUUAUCGGAUGUCUUGCUUUUUUGAUGUCGUUGUAUGGCGAGGGAAAAGUCUAUAUAUGGCUUAUCAAUCUUUCUGGUGUUUCUGGAUUUAUACAGUGGGCGGGUAUAAGUUUUAUACAUUGGCGAUUUCGGAGAGCAUAUGUUGCUCAGGAACGACCACUCGAAGAACUCGCAUAUCGCGCAAAACUGUACCCAUUCGGCCCAAUAUUUGCAUGUACACUCACAAUCCUUGUAAUCCUCGGUCAAGGGUAUUCUGCAUUCACAUCUGAAAAUGGUGUCGACGCCCAAGCAGUUGUAGCUGCAUACAUUGGCCCUCCGGUCUUUAUUGCACUUUUCCUGGUUUACAAAUUCGUGAAAAAGACGAAGAUAGUCCCGUUAUUGGAAUGUGAUUUUGAUACUGGACGACGGAAACUUGAAGAAAAAGUUGUGUUGGAUAUCGAGGAGGAGACGAAGUUUUGGGGAAAGAUUUCGAAAGCUUUGUUUUGA